AUGCAUAUCCCAUCGUUCAGCCAAACCGCCACUAUCGGCAUGGCUUUCUACGCCAUCGCUGCUAUUGCUGCACCCGUAGCCCAACCCAUCGCCGAGCCUGGCUUCGAGACGGCUGAAAUUGCUAAACGUGCCCCUGAGGCGGCCCCUUUGAGCGAAGCCAUCGCUGCUCGCGAUGACCCAGACAAUCAACGAGAAUCACGCGAUGACAAUAAGGAGAACAACCAAGACCAGUACCAGAAUAACAGCAAAUGUAAGCGCGGAAAGCGCGGCGGUAGAGACGAGGGCUGCGACCGCGGCGACCACGGCAGCCACGGCGGCCACGGCCACGGCGGCGGCAGAGGCGGUCACGAUACCCAGGACCCCGACGAGGCAGAGAGCGAUCAGAAGGAGAACGACCUCAGCAAGCGAGGAGAUGAAGCUGGCCUUCCCGGUGACGACAAGAACAAAGAAGUAGGGGUUGAUGACCUCAACAACAAGGGCGGCGGCGGCGACGGCGGUGGAUACGGAGGGUACGGCGGCAAGGGUGGUGGUGGCGGAUACGGAGGAUACGGAGGUGGAAAGGGUGGUGGCGGAUACGGGGGCGGCGGCUAUGGCGGCGGAAAGGAAGGCGGCUACGGAGGUGGCUACGGCCACGGUCAUUAA